AUGGCGGAGACAGCCCCCGCCCAGGCCGCGACACCUGUGACCGGCGCGCCAGCAGCACCGACGAACGGCGUCACAGCAGGGGCCCCGAAUGCGCCCAGCGAUCAGACUGCUGCGAAUCGAGGGUUGCCAUACUAUGAGAAAUUACGACGGGAGCUGAGGGAUACGAUACAGAAGAAGCGCCUGAUGGACAAGAGCAUGGCCCAACUCGAGGACCAGAUCUUCCGAUUCGAGCAAACUUACCUCGAAGAGACCACGGCCGGCAACAUCAUCAAAGGCUUUGAUAAUUACAUCAAGGGCUCAUCAAGCGGCUCCAGUCUCGGUGCUUCUGGUCUGAGCCUUGGAUCAGGCCUUGGCGGGCGGCGCAAGGCACAGGUGACAGAGUCGGACCGAGUUUUCUCGCGAAGCUCGGCGAGCUACAUGAUGGAUUCACCCGGCCCAUCAUCCGCACAAACAACUCCUUCUCACGCCGCAACACCGACCUCAACAGCUGGCGGAAACGCACCCUCCAACAAAAGCAAUGGCGGCGAGUCCGGGACAGCAUCCAAGGCCGGCGGCAGCUCCUCCAAAAACAAAAAGAAGGUCGGUGGCGGCUCGAAGAAUACUAAGGGCAAGAACCAGACCGACGAUCUUUCAGAUGACGGGGAUACUAAGCCGCCUAUGAAGCGUUUGAAGGUUAGCUAUGGACGGGAUUAG